UACGCGAGGAAGGAAAUCUCGCGAGGUUGAAGCGCUCUGAGAGCGCUGGUCGGAGGCGGUGAACGGGGGUUUUCCCGUGGCCAGUGAUGGGGCUGAGCCCCUCUGAUUAACCCCGGCCGCCCCUGCACUGCCUCUGCUUGGUUCUGCGUCUGCUCGCUGAAGAAGCUGAACAGGCAAGAGGAGUCUCUUCCCCUGGGUGCAUAGGUUCCCGUUGGCCGAGGCUUUGAGUCCUAACCACCACAGCUGACGGCUGCGAGGGAUUGAGACCAGAAAAUGAGUUGCACAAUUGAGAAGGCACUUGCUGAUGCUAAAGCCCUUGUUGAAAGACUGAGAGAUCACGACGAUGCAGCAGAAUCUCUGAUUGAGCAAGCCACAGCUCUCAACAAGCGAGUAGAAGCUAUGAAGCAGUAUCAAGAAGAAAUUCAAGAACUUAAUGAAGUUGCAAGACAUCGGCCACGGUCCACAUUAGUUAUGGGAAUCCAGCAAGAAAACAGACAAAUCAGAGAAUUGCAGCAAGAGAACAAAGAAUUACGUACAUCCCUGGAAGAACAUCAGUCUGCCUUGGAACUUAUAAUGAGCAAGUAUCGGGAGCAAAUGUUUAGAUUGCUAAUGGCUAGCAAAAAAGAUGAUCCAGGGAUAAUAAUGAAGUUAAAAGAGCAGCACACCAAGAUUGACAUGGUGCAUCGUAACAACUCCGAAGGAUUCUUCCUUGAUGCAUCUCGACACAUCCUUGAAGCACCUCAACAUGGACUGCAGAGGAGGCACUUGGAAGCAAAUCAGAAUGUACACUAAAUAAAACAGUCAGCUUUUGGGGUGUGGAUGGAAGGGGGGUCCAUUUAAAAAGUUCUUUUACAUUGAAUUCUCCUCCCAAAUUAAAUCAGCAAAUAAAUGAAACUGCUUUUAAAAACGCUGUGCUUUUCAUAGCCUUGCAAAAAUACUCAGUAUAGAAACUUUAAGUCUGUCAUCAAUUCUCUGUGUAUUGUAUGAUACAUAGCCUGUUAGAUAAUUGCAGGCUUUAAAGGUUCUUUGGGCCAGCCUUUCAUGUUAUUGUUCUUGUUAGCUAUAGAUGCAAAAUUUUAGUAGGCUUCAAACGGUCAUCCUCUUGCUGGACAUCAAAGAUGUUUUCCUGGUAAUAAUUUUAAUCUGAUUUUCUAAAAAUUUUGUUCAAUCAAACUGUUAAAUGAACUGUUUUAAUUCAGAUUUUUGAUAGUUAUAGUCCUUUAGUUUGAGUUCACAAUAAAAUAAAAUUGCCUUUGUUAAGGUGUUAUUAAGUAUAGUAGUACCCUCUCCAUUGUGUCUAUUGUGUUUUAACUGCCUUUUUUUCUUGAAAGGCAUUUCAAGACAGUGCAAGGUUUAUGUUGCUAGCACUUCUUGCCUUUAAGAGUUUUGAAAGCACAGGUCUUGCCUUCUUGUGCCUAUUAAGAGACCCAUGACACUUCCCUGAAGAUUUUAUUGUAAUAAGUGAACCAUCCAGGAACCAGACCUAUAAAAAUACACUUCUGUUUGAAGUAUUGGGGUUUUUUUCUUACGAUGAUUUUAUUAAAACAGACUGUCCUGAAAAAUUUAGUAGUUUCUUGUUUUCUUUCGUUUUAAAGGCAAGUAAUUAUCUGCUUCCUUGUAGUCGUUUAACCUAGGUCAGUGCCAUAAGACACCAAAUCAUAAGCUGAGAAAGCUGUUGGUAUUCAAAAUUUUUACUCAUUACCCUUAUUCAGUUUGCUGCUGCAGUUGCCUAUACUUAACUUGCUUUUAAACAUUAGGCUCCCUUUACAGUGGGAGGGAUUGUAAUCAUUUUGUUUAAACUACUACAGAAUACGACAGAUGUUUGUCUUGAUAUCAUUCUUGCUAUCAUAAUCUAAUCCAGAGCUGUCCAAUAGAACUUUCUGCAGUGAUGGAAAUGUUCUUUAUCUAUGCUGUUCAAUAUGGAAGCCACCAGCCACAUGUGGCUAUUAAGUACUUGAUGUGUGACUAGUGCGACUGAGGGGCUGAAUUGUUAAUUUCUUAAAAUUGUAUUUGACUUCAAGUAAUUUAAAUUUAAAUAGUGCCAUACUGGCCAGCAUAAUCUUUUAUUUUGACUUCUUCCUGCGUACUCGCUUUUUAUAGAUUGUGUUAAAAUAAUAUAAGGAUCUGUAUUUUUGUUGGUUAAGAAGAUAUUAAAUAUGUGGUUUGCUAAAGAUAUUCCUAUUUGUUCUCUAUUAUAUUCCUUCCAUAGUUUACUAGUUUUGUAGGUUUUGGGGGGUCUUGUUCAAAUCCUUUUUACAAACAGAGUAUAUACAACUAUUUAAGAGACAAUGUUUAUUUGGGGAGCUAUUAACUUUUAUAUUUAAGUUUUGUCCUUAGUAUAACAAAAUGGCCCUCAAUUGCUAGUGAACAAUGGUCUAUAGAAGUUGUUCAUUUAAAAAAGUAUUAUUCUCAUGUUUUUGUUGAUUAUAAACCUUUUGUCUGUCUGUUUCAUUGACUGUAAGCUCCUUGAAAUCAGGGAACAUUUCUUAACAGGCUUCAUAUUCCUGUCACCUAGCACAGUGCCUGGCUCAUCAUAGGCGUGCAAAAAAGAAUAAGAGAAUGAGAUUGGAAGAAAUUUAUGCUGCUUGCUGUGCCAAACAAAUGUGGAUGUCUAUUUUAUACUAAAGUUAUAUUUUGAACAGUUUGCAAGGAAGGCCACUUAAUAUUCAAUACUUAAAAGCAGAACUCUGUUCAUUUUACUCAAUACUUAUUAUCUAUUAUGUUCCUAACAUUAAAUAAUAGGCAAAUGUAAGCAAUAUACAGUUCCUGCUCUCAAUGAGGAUUAUAAUCUAGAAAAGGUUCUGGAUUGAAUUGAGAUGAAUUUUUAGGCAUGGAAAAUACAGAAAAUAUUUUUAAAUCAUGAAGACUUCAGUGAGGAAAAGAGAUUGAAUGCUUAUCUUUUCCAUUACUUUGGUCAAUGGGGUAUGUAGGUGCAGAAAAGAAAAAGUUUCUGAUCAUUUGUGGUGAGAGGAAUGUGAAAUGAGUCUUUUUCCUGUUUGUGGGUUUAGAUACACUGUGCUGCUUAUCCUUAAUCCUAGUCCUAACAGAAAUCUGACUUCAAAAGCACAUUCAUGGUCAGUCAACUUUCUUGUAAAUAUCUGUUUGAUAUGUUACAUUUAUGUUAAAUGGCAGUGUAAAGAUAUUACAUUCAUAUUAAGUGGCAAUGCAGAUUUUAUAAAAAGGGGAGGAUCCAAAAAAAUUUUUUAAGUAUUUCACUGAUUCACAACUUCCAUCUCUUUU